UAAAGGUCAAAAAUCUGGGUGACAGCUGAGGAAGACCCCAGACAUGGAAUCCAGGAUGUGGCCUGCACUGCUGCUGUCCCACCUCCUCCCUCUCUGGCCACUGCUGUUGCUGCCCCUCUUGCUGCCUGCUCAGGGCUCCUCCUCCUCCCCUCGAACCCCACCAGCCCCAGCCCGCCCCCCAUGUGCCCGGGGAGGCCCCUCGGCCCCACGCCACGUAUGUGUGUGGGAGCGGGCACCCCCACCAAGCCGAUCCCCUCGGGUCCCAAGAUCACGCCGGCAAGUUCUGCCAGGCACUGCGCCCCCUGCCACCCCAUCAGGCUUCGAGGAGGGGCCGCCCUCUUCUCAGUACCCUUGGGCUAUCGUGUGGGGCCCGACAGUGUCUCGAGAGGAUGGGGGGGACCCCAACUCUGCCAAUCCUGGAUUUCUGCCCCUGGACUAUGGUUUUGCAGCCCCUCAUGGGCUGGCUACCCCUCACCCCAACUCAGACUCCAUACCGGGUGAUGGAGAUGGGCUUAUCCUUGGAGAAGCGCCUGCUACCCUGCGGCCAUUCCUGUUUGGGGGCCGUGGGGAAGGUGUGGACCCCCAGCUCUAUGUCACAAUCACCAUCUCCAUCAUCAUUGUUCUCGUGGCCACGGGCAUCAUCUUCAAGUUCUGCUGGGACCGCAGCCAGAAACGGCGUAGGCCCUCAGGCCAGCAAGGUUCCCUGAGGCAAGAAGAGAGCCAGCAGCCGCUGACAGACCUGUCCCCAGCUGGAGUCACUGUGCUGGGGGCCUUCGGGGACUCGCCCACCCCCACCCCUGACCACGAGGAGACCCGAGGGGGACCCCGACCUGGGAUGCCCCAGCCCAAGGGGGCUCCAGCCUUCCAGUUGAACCGGAUUCCCCUGGUGAAUCUGUGAUGCCCCCCCAAUUCUGGGGUGCCACCAAGCAGGAGGCCAAGGGGCUGUCAUAGCCCCCACCCCACUGAGGGUGAGGCAGCUGUGGGGAGCAGGGGCCACAGGUGCUCCUGGCUCUGACCUUGCAUACCACCUGUGGAACGCUCCCUGGCCCCGCGGGCAAUCCUAUCUACCUGCUCAUCCUCCUG